AUCAAAUUCCGGCGAGAAAUAACCCUCCAACCGCAGGCUCUUGCUUGGCAGUGCCCCCAUCGAAGACGACGGACGCCAAAGGGACGGCGAGGGGAAAGAGCGAAGCCUAGAGAGAGGAAGGGAGCAGGCGGGCUUUAGUCUUGGUUCGAUCUCAGCGGCAGCGCCGGCGGAGGCCGAGAUGAAGACGACCAAGGGAGGGAAGGUCAUGAACCCCACGGACGCCUACCGGAAGGAGCUCCGCAAGAAGGAGCUCAAAAGGAACAAAAAGGAAAGGAAGAAGGUGCGCGAGGUUGGACUCUUGAAAAAAGACCCUGACACCAUCAGGGAGCAGAUUCAGAAGUUAGAAAUGAUGAAGGCGGAUGGUGCUCUAGACAAGGCAAGAAAACAUAAGAAGAGACAGCUUGAGGACACACUAAACCUAGUUUUGAAGAAAAGGAAGGAGUAUGAAGAGAAAAUGCGUGAAAAAGGAGAGGCUCCAGUAAUGUUCAGCCAUUUGGGUCCCCCUCGAAGACGAACAACUGCAGAAGAAGAGGAACGAUCUAAACAUCCAAAGCCUGAGGACUCAGUUUACUAUCAUCCUACAUUAAACCCAACAGGGGCACCACCUCCUGGAAAACCUCCCAUGUACAAAUCAUCUAUAGGACCCAGGAUUCCAUUGCCUACUUCUAGUGCUGGUGCAUCAACAUCAAAGUCGGAGAUGGAAGAAGCAACUUUAUCUGUACCUCCUCCACCACCACCACCUCCUUUGCCAGCAUCUGGUGAACUGACUUCUGUUGAUGAUUCCACUGUACCUGCAUCUAUACCUUUACCGCCCCCACCACCAGCCCCACCCAAGCCAGUGGUUGAUUCAAAAACAUCAUUACCUCCCCCACCACCCCCUGGACCUCCACCCAAAGAUCCAGUUGCAGCUCAUACUUUGCUUCCUCCUCCUCCCCCACCACUCCAGCGGCCUUCCCAGCCUCCUCCACCAGGUACAAACGAAAGUGAAUUUGAUAAUAGCAAAAAUGCAGCUUCAGAGGGCCUAAAUCUGAAAGAGUUUGAUCGGGCUGCAGGUGUGCUCCCCCCACCUCCACCACCUCCUGGACUACCACCAAAAUCUGCAAAUCGCCAGUCUGAUGCCACAUCAUCUGAAUCUAGUGCUAAUAGUUCUUCAGGCCCAAAUGACAACUCUAAGAUGGCACCUCUGCUGCCACCACCUCCAAGGCAACCACCACCAAUGCCCCACGGACUCCCCUUGAUGCACCCUUUGCAAGCUGACAUGAUGCCUCCAGGUGUUGCACGCUAUCCCCCUCCACCAGAUAUGAGGUCUCCAUUGAUGGUUCCUGGAGUUCCUAACAGACCUCCUCCUCCCCCACCUCCGGGCAUGGUUCCACCACAAAUUCCCAGGCCUCCUUUUGUUGCACCUCCUGGACCACCAGGAGUUCUGAGGCCUCCAGGUCUUCCUUCCCCUCAAGAUGAUGACCUUGCUGCCUUGAAGCUCACACCACCUCCAAAGCCAUCAUAUGUCAAAUCAGCUGCAUCAACUGUUGUUAAGAGACCCCUAGCACAGCAUACCCCGGAGCUGACAGCUAUGGUUCCUGCAUCAGUGCGUGUGAGAAGAGAAACUGCUCUUCCAAAACCAAAACCAAAGUCACAGCUUUCAACGGCGUUGUCAUCUGUCGGGCCUUCACCCCCCCCAGCAAUUGGAAAGUCAGAGACAGUGGCUUCCUCAUCGGCGCCAAAGGCACAGAGCAUUGAUGACUCUUAUGUGGCUUUCUUGGAGGACAUGAAAACACUGGGUGCCCUGGACGGUUAGGCUUGGAAAUGAGAUGAUGGUAAAGAGGCUAACAAGCUGAUGUUUGAGGGCAAAAAAUACAGAUCCGUGUUAAUGAUUGGCACUCUGUGCCUCACGAAAAUUCUAUAUGAUUAUUUUUCGUGGCCUUUUUGUGGCUACCUCCCUAGAAUCACCUGCACUACAACCAGCCUCUGGCACAUUUAACACUGAUGUUCUUUCCCUGACCGUGGGCUUAAUGGGUGAGGAACUCUGAGGCAAAUCUGUGUGUUUCAUGCGCACAAAUCGUAAGAUUCAACAUUUGGAUCGUU